AUGGCAGGCUAUGUCUUAAGAGUUGAAACGAAAUUACAACCCCAGUCUCGACCCUCACAACCAGACCUUUUUAAUCGGCCAGAUCAACUCAUGCGGCUCCAUCGAUGGACUCCACCCAGGGGGAAGAUUAAACUAGCGGCACAAGUCCCGACUCCGGCAAUCACAACUUCUGGUUGCGAAAGGCCGAAUUGA